AUGCUCAGUUUUGUACCGAAUACUACUGGUGCAAUAGCAAAAACUGCAGCUCAUAGACCUAUUCAAUUCAUUGUUAUACCUACUUUAUUAGCUUCAAUAGCUUAUUUAUUUAUUGCAGAAGAUUAUUUACCAAAAAAUUUAUCAUCUACUUUGAAUGAGGAAAAUUUAGGUGUUAAAUUUUAUCAUUCUCCUAAAAAAUCAGAUAAUUGGAUUCCAAUUGAAAAUAAUAACGAAGCUAUAUUAAAAAAUUAUUCAAAUUCAAAUCAUAUAACAAUUAUACCAUUAAGAUUUAGAAAAUUUCAUAAUUCAAUCCCAAAAAUUCCCAAUUCAAUAACUUUAAAUCCAAAUGAACAAGUUUUAAUAGUUGAAUCAAAUAAAGUAAAUAGUAUAUUACAAGAUUUAAAUAAGAUUGAUGAUCAAGAUGGUAUUCAAUGGCAAAUUAGAAAUGAUUAUAAAAUUGGAAAAUAUUAUGAUUAUUUAAAAUAUUUAAUUUUAAAAGUUCAAGAAUCUAUAAAAAUUGCUGAUAAUUUUGAUAUUAUAUUAAUUUUUAUUGCUUAUUUAGCAAUGUGGUAUACUUUAAUAAAAGUAUUUUUUGAUAUGAAAAAAAUUGGUUCAAAAUUUUGGUUAGCUUUUUCAACUUUAAUUUCUUCAACUUUUGCAUUUUUAUUUGCUUUAGUUGUUUCUAACAAGAUAUUAGAUUGUAAAGUUUCAUUUUUAAGUUUAUCUGAAGGUAUUCCAUUUUUAGUUGCAAUUAUUGGAUUUAAACAUAAAGUAUCAAUUGCAAAUUCUGUAUCUAAAUCUUCAACUGCUUCACCUGAUGAUGUUCCUAAUAUUGUUGGUCAAUCAAUUUCUUCACAUACUUUAAGUAUGUUUAGAGAUCAUAUUGUUGUUAUUGGAGCUUUAAUGUCAUGUGCUUUAUAUGCUAAUCAUUUAACUGGUUUAAGAAAUUUUUGUAUUUUAAGUUCAUUAAUUUUAACAUUUGAUUUAAUAUUAGUUCAUACUUUUUAUGCAGCCAUCUUAGGUUUAAAGAUUGAAAUUAAUCGUGCUAGAAGAACAGAAGAUUUAAGACAAGCAUUAGAAGAAGAUGGUAUUUCAUCAUUAGUUGCUGCAAGAGUUGCAGAACAAUCAUCAACUAUUGAACAUCCAAAUGAUAUAAAUUUUUUUGAAUCAAAAGAUUAUUCAAUUUUAUCCUUUAAAGUUAUAAUGAGUGUUGGUUUUAUUGCAUUUCAUGUAUUUUGGUUAGGAAGUUCUUGGUUAUAUAAUACAUCUGAUGGAAAUGUUAAAGUUUCAUUAUUUGGUGGAGCUCCUUUAUUAACUGAAAAUAUAUCAAAACAAAUUCCAAUUGGAAAUAAAGGAACAAUAUUAACAAUUUUACCAACAAGAUUUUAUAUGCCUUCUGGUUUAAUUGCUCAAAUUGAAGAUUCAAUAUUUUAUAUUUUAGCUAAAAUAAGUAGUGCUAUAAGAGAUAGUUUAUUAUCAAAAGUUUUAUUAUUUGGUUUUGGAGUUUCAAUUUUUACAAAUAUUUAUUUUCUUAAUGCUUCAAGAUAUCAAGUUUCAGCUACUCAUAAAUUAUUAGAAAAAGAAAUUUCACGUCCACAACUUAGAAAGAAAAGUAUAUCACAACCCGUGACAGUCAAAGAUACUAUUGAUGAUGAAUCAUCUUCUGAUGAUGAAUUAGAAAUCAAAUUACCAACUAAACAAUUACCUUUAGAAAAAUGUAUUGAAAUAUUAAAAAAUGGCGAAGUUAAAACUUUAAAUAAUGAUGAAGUUACUUCAUUAGUUACUAAUGGUAAAUUACCAUUAUAUGCAUUAGAAAAACAAUUAGCUGAUAAUAAAAGAGCUGUUGUUGUUCGUCGUAAAGCUAUUGCUAAAUUAGCUAAAGCACCUGUUUUAGAAUCAAAUCGUUUACCAUAUGCACACUAUGAUUAUGAUAGAGUUUUUGGAGCAUGUUGUGAAAAUGUUAUUGGAUAUAUGCCUAUUCCUGUUGGUGUAGCAGGUCCAUUAAUAAUUGAUGGUAAACCAUAUCAUAUUCCAAUGGCAACAACUGAAGGUUGUUUAGUUGCAUCAACAAUGCGUGGUUGUAAAGCUAUAAAUGCCGGUGGUGGUGUUGAAACUGUUUUAACAAGAGAUGGAAUGACUCGUGGACCUUGUGUUAGAUUCCCCACACUUUCAAGAGCAGGUUCAGCUAAAAUUUGGAUAGAUUCGGAAGAAGGUCAAAGAACUAUAAAAAAGGCUUUCAAUUCAACUUCAAGAUUUGCUCGUUUACAACAUAUUCAAACUGCAUUAGCUGGAACAUUAUUAUUUAUAAGGUUUAGAACUACUACUGGAGAUGCAAUGGGUAUGAAUAUGAUAUCAAAAGGUGUUGAACAUUCUUUAAAACAUAUGGUUGAAGAAUGUGGUUAUGCUGAUAUGGAAAUUAUAUCAGUUUCAGGUAAUUAUUGUACUGAUAAAAAACCUGCUGCAAUUAAUUGGAUUGAAGGUAGAGGUAAAUCUAUAGUUGCUGAAGCAAGAAUACCUGCAGAUGUUGUAACAAAAGUAUUAAAAUCAGAUGUUGAUGCCUUGGUAGAACUAAAUAUAAGUAAAAAUUUAGUUGGUUCUGCAAUGGCAGGUUCAGUUGGUGGUUUUAAUGCUCAUGCUGCAAAUUUAGUAACAGCUGUAUUUUUAGCUUGUGGUCAAGAUCCAGCACAAAAUGUUGAAAGUUCAAAUUGUAUAACAUUAAUGAAUAAAGAUAAAAUUAAUGGUGAUUUACAAAUUUCAGUAAGUAUGCCUUCAAUUGAAGUAGGAACUAUUGGUGGUGGAACAAUAUUAGAACCACAAGGUGCAAUGCUAGAUUUAUUAGGAGUUCGUGGUCCUCAUCCAAAAAAUCCAGGUGAUAAUGCAAGACAAUUAGCUAAAAUAGUUGCAUCAGCUGUAUUAGCAGCUGAAUUAUCAUUAUGUUCAGCAUUAGCUGCUGGCCAUUUAGUUCAAUCACAUAUGCAACAUAAUAGAGCUGCUCCAACACCAUCAUCUAUAAAAUCUUCAACUGCAUCUGCAACAUCUGCAUCAUCACCAAAUGGAACAAAUGGAACACAAAAAGUUAAUGGUUCAUCUGAUUUAAAAAGAUUGAAGGAAGGUUCAGUCAAUUGUAUAAAAAGUUAG